AUGGGUCCUUCAACGAGGCACGCACUGCAGCGCGCCACCAAGACAUUGCGCAGUAAAUGCGUUCCUCCACAUGCCUCCUUGACCUCUGCGACGCGCAGGAGUCUCACAUGCAGCUCAAUCAGGCGAACCGAUGGUGUGUUCCGUGAGCUCACCAGUAUGCGAGUUCGCACGCCCUGGGUGGAGGCGCUCCGUAAGCAGCAGCAGGACGGACAGGAGCCUGGCAAACCAUCUGGAAAGUCAGAGGUGCCCAAGGAUCGCGAUCUAAAGCCCAAGCGUAUGAGCGACAGCUAUCAUUCUGUCGUGCUUCCUUUGGCUAGAGAUCCUUGGUUACUUGAUACGUACCUGAACUCAUCAGGACACAUUCGUCUAGGCACCAUAUUCAUGGAUCUUGAUGCGCUCUCUGGUGUCAUUGCGUACAAGUACACUGGUGAAGACGUAACGACGGUCACCGCCUCCUGCGACCGAAUCACGAUUCAUCACCCACUGGAUGAGAUUUGCGAUCUCAAGUUGUCUGGUCGUGUCACGUACGCCACCGGUCGAAGCAGUCUGGAGAUCACUAUGCAGGUUGCAAAGGCUCCAAAGGAAGGCGAAGAGGUCAAGGACGCAGAUGUCUUGAUCAAUUGUACCUUCACGAUGGUAUCUUUGGAUCCGGGAACGAAGAAACCAGUCAAUGUCAAUGCGCUAAUUGUAGAAAAUGAAGAAGAACAGCGGCUGUAUGCCCUAGGCGAGCGGAAUUCCCAGAUCCGCAAGGAGAGACGAAACACAUCUCUGAUCAAGCAUACGCCGAACGAUGCCGAGAGCGAUCUCAUUCACGCAUUCUGGCAGAAGCAACUCCAGUACCAUGACCCUCACGACGAGCUGCGCAAGCCUGACAAUCUCCACUUCAUGGACGCGACUCGCCUUCAGACCGCUACAAUCAUGCAACCGCAGUACCGCAAUCGACACCACUUCAUGAUCUUCGGUGGUUUCCUCCUCAAACAGACAUUCGAGCUCGCGUUCACAACGGCUGCAGCAUUCGCCCACGCUCGACCUACCUUCGUAUCUCUCGAUCCUUCGACAUUCCUCAACCCCGUUCCCGUUGGCAGCAUACUAUACAUGACAGCGCAGGUGGUCUAUACAGAUCCUCCGCUCAUCGGUGCUCCAGAAGAGGAGUUCGACGAGAACAGCGAAUACACUAGAGUGCAAAUUCGGGUUGACACCAAAGUCAGGGAUGUCGAACACGGCCACUCGAAGCCAACAGGCCAAUUCAACUACACCUUCAAUGUACCCAAGAACAUCAGGGUGAUGCCGAGAACAUACCAAGAGUUCAUGUACUACCUUGAGGCACGCAGGAGAGCCGAGCAGGUCAGAUGUACUUUGGAAGAGGGAGCCAGCAUUAGUCCCAAGCGAGCAGCAGAAUCUCUUACAGAGUAAUGAGCACUCGCACUAUUUCAAUGUAUUUGUAUGUCUAUUCGUAAACAUAGGUGCGACAAAACUCAUGUCAGCCUUCCAGAACCAACGCAGGCGAACGAAUUCGAGCGCCUACGAACGCCAAUACCAUACCAGCACCAAAUCCAAACAUCAGUCAACUCUCUUAACGCCAGAAUAUAUGGAAAAACCGCGGCCACAAGCAAGGAGUGCCCCCAAUUCCCGGUUGAGCCGCAUGAAACAAGGCGCUCAAAUGCCAUGCACCCCUGCAACCAACAGUGAGGCUGACAUGGCGCUGUAGCGUACCGGUAUACGUGAUUCGUUGGGGGAAGAUGUCGCUCACUCC